CAUCCCUUAUUUUCUUUCAUUUCCCUGCAGACAUCCAUUCAAUUUUCGUCUUUACCAAUAAACCUGAAAUCAUUUUUAUGCACAAUGCUCUAAGUUGAAGUCUUUCUUUUGGUUGAUCCGGUGAGCUGGAGGUAUUAGAUGGAAUGGAGCUGCAUUGCCGACUAAAGAAUCAGAUGAAUUCAGGCCAUUUACUUGGAGUCUUUCAAGAAUUCCCAAAUAUGGACAAUUGCAGAUAUAUUAAGUGGUGGGAUAGAAAGUAGCUUAUUUUUAUUUGGGUUUAUGGUUUCAGGUAUUCCAUCACAAAGGCUUUCUGUAUGGCCUUCCUAAUGACAUUAUUUUCUGUGUUUGAUGUUUCUGUCUUCUGGCCCAUAUUUCUUUGCUAUUGGGAAGCUCUGUUUGUUCUCACAAUGAAGCGUUAGAUAAAGCAUAUGAUCAAAUACAAUUACUUUCCAUUCAGCAUAGGAAAGCAGAGGUAUACUGGGAAGAAUGCAGCUGCAAGUGGUGCAGGACAUCCAAAGCAGGUUGAGGAAAUUGCAGUUGGAUCACUUGAGAUUUUAGGGCCUUGUUUACAAGUUUUUGAGUGCCAGCAACAUUCAGGUUCAUCAAUUAGAUUUGGAGGGCUCCCGCUUGUGGGUGAGGCUGGCAAUAGUAGUGCUGGCUGCAUUUUUACCUGGUAUUGGCUUUGUGAAUGGUGCGAGGGAGGUCUGGAUAAUAUCUGAAUUCAUCAAACAGGUGUUGUUAGGCUUGAUUAUUCAUGAUUUGGGUUGUAAUUAUAUCAUCUCCUCGAUGGUAGUUGGGUAGCCCGCAGGAAUUGACUGGGGCAAAAUAUAUGUUGCCAGGUGUG